UAUAUUAUAGUAAUUAAAUGUAAUACAUUUGAUUUAAUUAUGCUUAUAUAUUGUUAGAUAAGAAUUUAGCAUUAUAUUGCGAACAACAAGACACGCGUGAUGCGUGACUUAAUAUAAUUUCUAAGAAAUAGUUUUGCAAGAGGUUUUUCAAAUAAAGAUUUAAACAAAUUUCUCUUUUUAUAUAUGUGUGUGACAUAAAACUGUAAACGGGUUUAAGAAGCAAAGGUCUAUCGCAACAUUAGCUGUAAUCUCUUACUCACUCUUGCUCACGCUUACUUUAUCUACCGCAUAGGAAUACGAAAGAAUGCAGGGGAACCAUGAAUAUGUCCAUAGCAAAAGUGGGGAUCACAUCGAUGGGCAUAGGAGCCCGUCUUUCUUCGACACGCUUCAUUCAUGUUUAGUGGUGUUAUCCGGUAGUACAAGCAAAGAGAAUCGAUCUCUUUCUACAAUCGACAUCCGCGAAUCCAUUUCAAAAUUAGUAUAACUCGUUAAGAAUUAAUUUAAUACGCUAAUUUGGCGUUUACAUAAUUAUGUAACAGUUUGUCUCAUGUGCGAAGAAAAGAAGAUAGUUUCUUAAAGAGAGGAAUGCCAAUUAUUGAAUUAAAAGUUCCAUGCCCUGGAAGGAUUAAUUUUAGACGUAGAAUUAUAUACAGUGAUAAUUAUAUACAAAAAUAUAAUUAAAGUGAAAGAUUCUUUUCAAGUUUCCAAUAAUAAAAGUUAUAUGGCGUUUGACUGAUCUCUUGAUUGUAACGAUGCGGGAUAAGAAAUCAUCGGAAAGUAAGUUUGCAGUUCUCUUCAGUUGGAGACGCGGAAGCUCCAUCAGAGAUGCUCGCGUUGUAGAAUUGGAGGCAGAGAACCGAGCGGAAGUCUCGUUUGACCAAGUCAAAGGCCGAACAAGAUCUUCCAACAUGGAAUGAUAAUCACUCGGAAUACAGAAAAGGUUGAAGAAAAUUAAAAAGAAGCUUCCUCUGAUAGCCAAUUUUUGAAACGCUAAAAUCAUGAGAAUCGAAAUAAUCUGCUUACUUUUGGCCACCAUUGGCUCCCAUCCAAGCAAAUGUGAUGUCUUUACGGAGUUCUUGCAUAGCAUAAUUCAAACGGGAAGGGAUAAGAGUGAUGCAACAGGAAUUUCAUAUCCUGUGGAAUAUGGAGGCGUACGAAAACAACCAAUAAUUCGUGACAACGUCCCGUUUCCUUGCAACACACGUUUCGGCAGAUCUUUGUCGAUACCAGACAAUGUCCAUCGACUGAGACCAGGCGACAUCGACGUGGUCGGUGGUCUCGGUGAUUCCUUGGUCGCCGGAAAUGGCGCAAUGGAGGAGUUCGCCGUAGGAACCCUCAUCGAGGCGCGCGGAGUCAGUUGGUGCGUUGGAGGCCAGGGGAAUUGGAGACGAUUUCUUACACUUCCCAAUAUUUUGAAGGUAUUCAAUCCGAAAUUAACCGGAUAUUCUACCGGAACGGGAGAAUUUAUCUCAACAGCGGCGAAAUUGAACAUCGCCUUUCCGGUUGCCGCUACGGAGGACGCGUUACAACAAGCGAGGAUUUUAGUGCAAAGAAUAAAAAAUAAUCCGAGAAUAAAUGUCAAGAAACAUUGGAAACUAAUUACAAUUCUGUUUGGAGCUAAUGACAUUUGCUCGGCGCAGUGUUACGAUCCGCAACAGUUUUCGCCGUUGCGUCACGUCCUGCAUUUACGAAGGACCCUUGAUUUCUUAAGGGUCGCGCUACCCCGCACACUAGUCAAUCUUGUUCCAGCCAUAGAUGUCACGGUCUCGGUUAGGGUAACGCAAAGUACCAUAUGCAACAUAUUACAUCCCCUUUACUGUGCCUGUAUGCACAAAGGUAGUCAACCAGAAAUGGCAGCGUCAAAAAUGUCACAACUCUAUCAGCAAGCCGCUGAAACUUUAGUUUACUCAGGAAGAUAUGAUAACUCUUCAGAUUUUACAGUGGUAUUGCAGCCAUUUAUUAAAUUAUUCAAUGCACCUAAUGCUAAUCCUAAUCGUGCGCCGCCGAUCGAUUCCAAUCUGGUCACAUACGACUGUUUUCAUUUUAGUCAGAAAGGACAUGCACUCGGCGCCAAUCUUUUAUGGAACAAUAUGCUGGAACCGGUCGGAAAUAAGACGGAAAAGGGAUUGCCCCGAAUAUUGGAAAAAGUACUUUGCCCUACGGAGAACGCGCCCUACAUUUUUACAAAUGUUAACUCGCGCUUCUUCCGAAUGACUGGCAGACAAGAUGGAAUCGAACCUAGAUAGCUUAAGACUCGGCAAUGAUCGAUUUUAAUUUACGUGAUUUAUCAUAGCGGUAAGAUGCCAAUUAUCUGAACAAAUUGAGAGAUAGUAAUCUGUUAUUAAUGAUUCACGUAAAACUUUCGGGAGAAAAAGAAACAUAAAAUAUUUAUAAAGAUAUUAUAAAUACGAUAACAAU